AUGCCGCGCAGCGCAUCGUUACUUUCGACCCCUCGAUUAACCAAGCCACAUGUCUGCUUGUCGUGUCAACGGAAACUUUCAUACCCUGGGUCACAGCUGGCGCAAGCCCAGCAGAGACGAUGGAUCACUCGAAAUCAUAUCAGGAGGAUCAGGGAUGCGAUGCAGGACUGGGAGGAAAGAGCUGAAGCCAUCAGGAAUGGACAGAAGCAAAGCAUACUAGCUCUGCUGGAGGAGCGAGGCUUCGUCCAUCAGAUCGUUGGGUUGUUUACGCGCCAAGAUCUUGAUUACCUGCUCACGGAGCGUCGAGUUGGUGCGUAUGUCGGAGUGGAUCCUACUGCUCCAUCGCUCCAUGUGGGCCACUUAGUCCCAUUCAUGGCACUUGGAUGGCUUUAUAUUCAUGGAUAUCAAUCUACGUUCCUGCUGGGCGGAACCACCUCGAAGAUUGGUGAUCCUACUGACCGGCAGGCCGCUCGAGAAGACAAACGUCCCUCUGAACGCAAGAUGGCUCUUGCAAACAUGCACUUACAACUGAAGAGACUGGGUGCAACGAUGGAAGCAUAUGCCGGGAGGAGAGGCUAUGCACGAGAGUGGGCAUGGAGGAGAGAUGUCGCUAAUAACAGCAUGUGGUAUCAGAAGUUGACAUUGUCUGAGUUUAUGCGUGUCCUUGGAAGUGGAGCGCGCUUGGGACCACUUCUUGGGAGGGAUACAGUCAAGAACCGCCUUGAAAAUGGCACUGGCAUGUCUUACGCCGAAUUCUCGUACCCUCUACUGCAGGCAUGGGACUGGUGGGAGCUGUUCAGAAAGGGGACGCAGAUUCAAAUUGGCGGUGCUGAUCAGUUCGGCAACAUCUUGGCCGGAAUAGAGACCAUCAAGGCAAUGAAGAAAGUGGAGGCAGUACAUUUCGAGUCCGACGAAGCAUUCCAAGGCCACGUGGGUCACACCUUCACAGCCUCGAUGAGCAAGGCACCCAAAGACGGGGGCAAUAUCAAUGAGCCGAUAGGGUUCACUGUCCCGCUGCUCACAACCUCGGCAGGUGUGAAAUUUGGGAAGACUGCCGGUAAUGCUAUAUGGCUGGACCAGCAAAUGACCAGCACUUUCGAUCUGUACCAGUUCUUCCUUCGAUCCGCAGAUGCGGAUGUUGAGAAAUAUCUCAAGCUCUUUACCUUCCUACCCAUUCCAGAAAUUCAGAGCAUCAUGGAAGAGCAUCAGUUGGACGAGUCCAAGAGGGUUGCUCAGCACAAAUUGGCUGUUGAGUUUGUGGAACUCAUUCACGGGUUGGGCGCGGCUCAGAGUGCUCAGAAGCAACAUAUGACAAUGUUCGACAAAAACCUCACGGUAGACUCCGUACGUGCAUCCCAGCUUGAAGCGGAGGGCAAGGAAUCUCGAGCUCCUGGUGAUUGGAAUGUUCAACUCAACAAGUAUGCUAAGCCGACAAGUGCUGCUGAUACCCCUUCGACACAUAUGAAACUACCGCGUUCUCUGGUGGUGAAUCAGCCGUUUGCCAAAGUGCUUUGGUCUGCGGGUCUUGUAUCAUCAAGAGGUGAAGGGUCGAGGCUCAUCGAAAACAAAGGGUGCCACAUUGGCUCGAAGAUUGCGCGUGGCGCUACCACGGCUCAAAUGGGUGAUUAUUUGGCAUUUACUCCCUUGACAACUACAAAGCCGUCAGAAACCGGGAACUACCUCAUAGACGGAGAUCUCCUAAUCCUCAGAAUAGGAAAGUGGAAGAUGAAAUUCAUUACUGUCAUUAGCGAUGAAGAAUACCAACAAGCCGGGCUCACGUGUCCUGGGUGGAAAGAGGGUGAUGAUGCUGGGAGGGAGGAUUAUAAACAAGUACAGCGAGAAACCAUGGAUUUCAGAGCCGAGAGGAGACGGGAGCGAUUGGGAAGACAAAAGAAGCGUGAGGCAUCCGCCGGGGUGGUCAGAGACUAUCAGAUGGAGAGCGAGUAG